AUGCGCCUCCCAACUCCGAUAAUCAACGAAAGUCGCCGCCUUUCAUCUUCCUCACGGUCAUGGAUAUCUCCCAUCUCCUUAAUCAAGAAGAAACCAGACCCACCUCCCGAAUCUUCAAUCUCACAAGUGGACCUAAACCCUAAACCCCAAUUCAUCUCCCACGAAUCCGCAAUCAACCUCAUCAAACGCGAGAGAGACCCUCAGCGAGCCCUCGACCUCUUCAACAAAGCCUCCCAACAAAAAGGCUUCAACCACAACAGCGCCACGUACUCCGUCCUCCUGGACAAUCUCCUCAGGCACAAGAAGCUUAACGCCGUCGACGCGAUUCUCCGCCAGAUGAAGCACGAGACUUGCAGGUUCCAGGAAGGUCUCUUCCUCAACCUGAUGAGACACUUCUCCAGGUUCGAGCUGCACGAUAAGGUGAUUGAGAUGUUUGGUUUGAUCCAAGUGAUCGCACGUGUGAAGCCUUCUCUCAACGCUGUUAGCACGUGCCUCAACCUCCUUGUGGACUCAAAGGAGGUUGGUUUAGCUAAGAAGCUGUUAUUGUAUGGUAAAAAGAAUCUUGGGUUGCAGCCGAACACUUGCAUUUUCAAUAUUUUAGUGAAGCAUCACUGCAAGAAUAAGGAUGUUGAUUCCGCGUUUGGAGUUGUGGAGGAGAUGAAAAGAUCCGGACUUUCGUAUCCGAAUCUGAUAACUUACUCGACUUUGAUGGAGUGUUUGUUUACGCAGUCAAGGUCCAAGGAAGCUAUGGAUUUGUUUGAGGAUAUGCUCUCUAAAGAAGGGAUCUCUCCGGAUCCUGUGACGUUCAAUGUAAUGAUCAAUGGGUUUUGCCGUGUAGGGGAAGUUGAGAGGGGUAAGAUGAUUAUAGAGUUUAUGAAGAAGAACGGAUGUAAUCCUAAUGUGUAUAACUACUCUGCUUUGAUGAAUGGGUUUUGUAAAGAGGGAAGGGCUCAGGAAGCUAAAGAGGUCUUUGAUGAGGUUAAGGAGACUGGGUUGAAGCUAGACACGGUUGGUUAUACAACGUUGAUGAACUGCUUCUGUAGGAAUGGUCAAGUUGAUGAGGCUAUGGAGUUACUUGGAGAGAUGAAAGCAUCUGGAUGCAGAGCUGAUGCGUUAACUUACAAUGUGAUUCUCAGGGGGUUGUGCGGAGAAGGAAGAACAGAAGAAGCUCUUGAGAUGUUAGGUCAAUGGGGAUGUGUAGAAGGAGUUCAUCUGAACAAAGGUAGUUAUAGGAUCAUACUGAACGCGUUGUGCAAGAAUGGUGAGCUGGAGAAAGCGGUGGAGUUUUUGAGUUUGAUGUCGAAGAAAGGGGUUUGGCCACACCAUGGGACCUGGAACGAGUUAGUAGUUCGCCUCUGCGGAUCCGGGAAUGCAGAAAUGGGGAUUCGAGUUCUGACAGGGUUUGUGGGAAUGGGUUUUAAACCAGAGCCUGAGUCUUGGAGAGCUGUGGUUGAAUCAAUAUGCAAAGAGAGGAAGUUAUUACAUGUCUUUGAAGCUCUUGAUUCUUUAGUUUCUUGAUAAUUUAAAGCCCCUUUAUUGAUAUUAGUCUGGUUUACAUUUUACAACCACACAUCACUUAACAGAGUCAAGAACAUAAAUUUUUUGUUCGAAGGUGAAGCUAUCAUAAGGAAAAAACUUUGAUCCUUUUCCCCAAUACUGGCAUUGUCCAUCAGAAAAGGAUUGAAAAGCUAUGCAAGAACAGUUUCUCCAGCAGCUUCCAUGGCAGUCACUAAGCCCAAAGCUCAAACUAUAACCAUAGUAACCACUACCCGUCAUGUACCCUCUUCUCGGUUCGAAAUACUCUGACCCUUUCCUACAAGCCGUUGGCUUCUCCGUGAUGCAGACCGCUGAACUGUUCUUUAAAUCCGUCGUGCAGGGUUGACUGCUUUCAGAGAUCCACCUGUUGCUUGUGUUGCUCCUGAGGACGUUGGUCACAGUGAUUUGGCCUAGAGUAUCGAGUGACCAGCUGGAAUAGACAGAACCAUUGGUUUUCUUGAUUGAGUAACUGAAGUACUUCAUGUACUUGUCUGAACCAAACUUGAAUUCAUAAUCAAGGUACUCUCUGGAUAGCUCUAAGGUUAGUUGAGAGCUUCCGUUGUUCGUCAAAACUCCACUGGACCAGUAGAUGUCAUCAUGGCGCCAGACGAGUAGCUGGUUAACUCCUGACGGGUCUAGCCCUAGUCUGAAUGCUCCUGAGGCUGGAACUAGGUUACUUGUCCAAGAAGUAACCGAAAUUUCUUUCUUGGUUUUUAGGCUAAACCCUAUCUUCAUCCCGGGAAGUAAGAUACUGGUGGGAUGGUCAAAGCUUUGCCAUAGAACCCGACCCGGGACACCUCCUGGUCCGAUAUCUCGGACCACGAAGUUCCCGGAAUCGAGUAAAGUGGCAGAGACGUUUCCAGCCAAGGAAAGGUGUUGGUUCACCAUGAUUGGAGAAGCGUUUGCUCUUGUGAUCUUGAGAUUCCCGUUAGUAUCAAUGGAUAGAGAGCCGGAUGAAUCAGAGACUGAUUCAGUUGGGUUACCCACCCAAACUGGGUUUAUUGGACCAUGUUGAGACCAGAUACCGAUAUACCUAACACCAGCUGAACCAAGUAAGAAGGUAGAUGAUUCUGUUGGUGUAAAGAACCCGAGAGUGAAGACACCACCCGAGGAGAUCAACUGCUCCCAGUCUCUGAGCUGCUGCCCCGGUUUCAAUGUAUCGGUUUUGAGUGGUGAAAAGGCGGAAACCGACCCGAGAAACAUCGGUAUGAGAAUGAGAAUGAGAGGAACAAGAGUGGGUGAAAGAGCCAUUAGAUAGUUGAUUAGUUCAAGUGUUUGUCUUACUUUAGGCUCUCACUUAAGGGAUAUAUAUAUAUAGCACCUUUGGCUCCUUUUACACUCCCAACUGUUUCUAUGACUUUUGUAUAUUUUUGAAUAAGUAAUUUAGAACGGUCUUUGGUAUA